AUGGACGAAGGAGACGAUGGAUUGAAAUCACGUUCCCGAAAACACAAACGGAAUGGAAGGAACAAGCGUAGUGUGCGAAAACGUUAUCAAGACCAAAGAUUUGAAGAUUCUGAGGGUAAGGACGAUGUUUCCUGCUGUGGUCGUCCCAGACGAAAAAGCGAAUCUCAUCGCCGAAAGCAUCACCAUCGUCACAGAAGGCAUAACUCAAAACGCCACCACAAAAGCCAAAAGGAUAUGACCGGGACGAAAGAAGAGAUUCCGUCACCUUUACGUCCACCAACACCACCAUUGCCACAGCCAUCAACCUCAACUGCGGUCAUGAAGGAGAAACAAAAAGAAGAUAAGGAAUCUGGAGAAAUGACAAGUACAAAUCAAAGCAAAAUAUCCACAUCAGGAGAAGUUACUGGACAAGGAAAAUCGAGCAAUCAAGUAGGAAUGUCAAGCUCUCCUCCAGCACCACCAUCACGUGACAAUCAAAAAGUUGAAGGACGUGAAAGCCCAUAUCAACUGGCAAUUAUGAACAAAACCGAAUUGCUGCAAGAAUUUUGCGUCACUCAAUUUAUUCGUGAUGGAUACGAAAUUAGUCGACUGGCAUACACGACAUGUUUUCCAGUCUGCAAGAAACCAAAUUUUAUUUACUUGCCCCAGAUGAGAUUCACAACAAAUAACAAUGUAGACUCUGCGCAAAAGAAGUCAACCCAACAAAGUGGAACUGAUUUACCGCAAGAAACAACUCCACUGGUUGACAAUUGUCGAAACCAUACAUCUGAUUUUUCAAAGCUAUUGGCUGCGGGAGAGACGUUGAACGAAGUAUACAGGUAUGAUACAGACACAAAGGCAAUUAUAAAUGAUCUGAAAUAUCUUAGACAACUCAUUGACAGAAAGUUCACGACAUGAGCG